CUGAGUGCCCUGGUAAGAAGCAGUGAAACUGCUGACAAAUUCCCCUUCCUCUGCUAUGCACCCUGAUGUAAAUCUUCCCCAGCUGAGGGUCUCCUGUUGCCCCCGGCCGUGCAGCACCUCUCUGCGCACCCCUGGGUGCAGGGUGACCCACAGGCACAGCCUUGCCCACACCAGGAAGCGAGUGCCACGUCCUCGUCUUGCUCGCCUCUGCUGCCAGCCACCUGUCCCCGCUGGUGUGACAGGGGGCUGAGGGCAGGGACAUGGGCAUCCUCCCUGUUUCGGAGCAGAAUGUGUUCUUUGAGGGGCCCCUCUCUGGCCCCUGGUACAGCAAGCACAAGACUCAGCUCUUGGGAGUUCUACUUGCUGCAGCUUCAAAUUUUUUGAUCAGUGUCUCUUUGAGUAUACAGAAAUGUGCUCAUCUCCGACUAGCUUGCCAAACAGAGCCGAAGCCUUACUACACGAGCAAGCUGUGGUGGUGUGGAAUUAUCCUCCUGGUGCUUGGAGAGGUGGGCAAUUUCACAGCCUAUGGAUUUGCCCCCAUUGCCCUUGUCGCUCCACUAGGAUGUGUAUCUGUCAUAGGUACUGCAUUUAUUUCUGUCUUAUUCCUAAAGCAGACCAUGAGGGCUGCUGAUAUAUUGGGAGGAACACUGACAGUAGCAGGGACAUACCUGUUGGUGACAUUCGCUCCAAAUGUACCCCAAGAGCUCACAGCAAGACGAGUACAGAAUAAUUUAGUAAGCUGGCCUUUCUUGGUAUAUGUGAUUUUAGAAAUUAUAACAUUCUGCAUUCUCCUCUAUUUUUACAAAAGAAAGGCUGUGAAGCACAUCAUGAUUUUGUUAAUGAUGGUAGCACUACUGGCAUCGCUGACAGUCAUCGCUGUAAAGGCUGUGGCCAGCAUGGUAACACUCUCUGUGAAGGGGAAAAUGCAGCUCACUUAUCCCGUUUUUUAUAUCAUGCUCAUUUUAAUGGCAACUUCUUGUGUUUUCCAAGUCAAGUUCUUGAAUCAAGCGAUGCAUCUGUACGAAGCAACAGCAGUUGUGCCCAUUAAUUUCGUGUUCUUCACCACGAGCGCCAUCGUUUCAGGGGUCAUAUUUUAUCAGGAAUUCCAAAGUGCAGCUUUGCUGAGCGUGUUCAUGUUUCUGUUCGGUUGUCUCCUAUCUUUCCUUGGUGUAUUUGUAAUUGCAAGAAAUAAAAAAGAGGAGCAUUUACAAGUUCCUUAUAUUGACUGUGGACAUAUUCCUGACAAUAUUUAACAGUUAACUAACAGCCAUGUCCUGAAAACACUGGCUGGGUCCUGGGAGCAUGGAUGUAUGGCAGGAUUCAAUGCCAUGUGAAUAAGGGCAGACUGCUGAUACAAGAAGGCAGGUUGGUGUCAUCUCUCCUGCACUCCCGCACAGCUCCGGCCAGGCAGCCUCCUCCAAGCACUUCUGUGUAAGCCCCUUGGCCCACCUACAGAAGAAGGCACACUGACCUCUCCUGCGAGUCAAAGGAGAGGAUCCACCAAUGCCAUUAGCAAUGUGUACUAGCAAUGAGUCACUGUUUGCUUUUGAACUGUGCCUUAUGUCUAUUUUAAAGUGUCUGGAUCUCACUUCCAGCUAUUUGUCUUUCACCAGUCAUUUAAAGCACUCGGUAAGUCCCUCUAGUAAAAUACAGUAAGAUGACUUGGGCUUUUUGCUGAGCCAAACAGACAGACCUUUUAAGUCUCUCACCAUCAGACAUUUUGGUCAGCCCUCAAGCUGCUUUCUGUGGUUGUUUUCUGCUCUAUCUCCAUUUUUCCAGUGUCUAAAAUUGGCUUUAUGACUGCCAAAUACAGAGUAAAAAUCUGAUCUUAACACCGCUGAGGAAGUAGCACAGAGCUGGGCCAGAGCCAAAAUGCAGUGGUCAGGGUGCCUGGCUUCCCCUCUUCCCAAAGCUGAGCCCAGCCCAGCUGCCACCUCUCCUGGGAGGUGCCUGAACAUUUUAGUUUUUCACUGUGAUUUAACGGUGGCUGUUUUGCAUGUCCAGAGAUACAGCAGCCUAGAUAGUUUUCAGCGAUUUGACUUCUGACUCAUUCCUGAGAUCAGUGAUGGUCCAUAGAGGUCCCCGGGAGGCUCAGCACAGCUGGAAACCCUGAAACCAAGUGGCCCAAUGAUGGACACAGCUGUGGUGGCAUGGGGAAGUAGAAAAAUGAAAUGGUUUGGGUUGGAAGGGACCCUUGAAUAUCAGCUCAUCCAACCCCUGCCAUGGGGUUGGGGUGCAGUAAGUAAAUAGGCUCUGGAUGUGGGGACACCCUGCCCAGAUAAAUUGCUCUUGCCUCAAGGAUGGUGACAGCUCACCAGAGAGAGUGUUUAUAUUUGUGGUGUAUGACAGAAGGGUUGCUGCCCCCUCUGCCCCUUGCUGCUCACAGCCUUGCAGCAAGGUUGCAUUUUGAAAGGAUCAGCUCAGGCAUCUCCUCUCUGAGAGGAUGCAAGCACCUGAUAACCCCAAAUGGGGCAUCCAAACCCCAAAGGGCAGCAGCAGGCGGGUGCCAGCCCUGGCUUCUUUGGCUGAUUUGGGGGACCAGCAAUCACUCAGGCUGCGGUUGUCCCCACUCUGAAUGCCUCCUGCUUCUGGAUGCCAGCACAGGGAAGGGAACCCCUCCAGCCCUUUUGGGGAUCCAGGUUUUGGUAUGGAGAAGAAAUGCAUUCAUGUUGGAGAGA